UCUCAUUCAAGAAACAAGUGUGGAGUAAAAGCAGUGUUGUUGUGCUCUCCAGUACAGCAAGACGCGAGGAGUACAAGUGCCUGACAAACUACUAUGAAGCCCCACAGAUGCACCAUCCUGGUUACUGCAAGCAAAUCCAAAGGUCUACUGUAUCUUUAUUGAUCAAACAAGGCAAUGAGAUCAUCUGACCACUUAAAUUGACUUUCACUGUUUAUUUUUGGAGACACUAACCACUUCCUCAAAAGGCCAUGGAUGCCAGCUCGAUACCUCAGAUUAAUAUAGAGGACUAUGAUGGCCUUGAGGUUGCCCCAGAUGAUCAUUUGAGAAACUUGAAAGCAUUGACUGAGAAGCUCAGACUUGAGACCAGAAGGCCGUCCUAUCUUGAAUGGAAGGAACGAGUGGAAGCUCAAAGCUCCAAAGGCUUAGCCGUGUCAGAGGACUCAUCAGAGCUGGAGAAGGAUGCUGGACUGAAGGCCAACGUCACACCACAGAAUUCCCAAGUGAUUGCAGGAAAUGCCCUGAUUUCUAGAAGCCUUGGAGGAUUUGAUAAUAUCGACGAAGCUCUGGUUUGGCUUAGAAAAGAACUGAUGGAGAUGCGCAUCCAGGACCAGCAGUUGGCCCGCCAACUUAUGCGACUACGCGGUGACAUCAACAAACUCAAAGUGGAGCAGACGUGUCACCUGCAUCGCCGGAUGCUCAACGACGCAACCUUUGGACUGGAGGAGCGUGACGAGCUGUCGGAUCUUUUGUGUGAUGGACCCGUCACUCCAGGAUUUGGCCUCUCUUCACCACUGCGCCUCAUUGGUGUCACCAAGAUGAACAUCAACUCUAGACGCUUUUCCCUUUGCUAGCCAUAUAACGAGUGACCCAACUGCAAAAAAAAAAGAAUCAGUGAAUCAUUGUAUAAUACAAAAUGGCCUACUUUGGUAGUCAGGGUUGAAGUAAAUAAUCUUAGACAACGGUUCAGUGGUGGAACGCAUGAGAACUGUUGUCACAGAACAUCCUGUGCCUCUUACUCUAUGUACUUGUGCCAGUCAAUCUUUUCAGUUAAUCAAAUGAACAAUAGACAAUGACUUCUAAAAAAUGUCUGAUCUGCUAGCCAUGGCUGUAUGCCUUAGAUACAGUCCUUGUUGUGGUCAUGAGAUAUCAACUGAUGUUACUUACCACACACAUGCUCUGUUUCAAACCCUUGUAAACUAUCAAAUGCACCAUUUGACGUGAAGAAUGUUCCAAAAUAGGCAUCUUAAUUAUAGUGCCUCCCAACACUCCUUGUUUUAGCCAAAUUCUAAGGCGGGAUUCACGGUGAAAGCAAUCCCAUGAUGGAUUGCGAUAAGCUUAGUGAAGACUGUGGACAAGGCAUUAAGAAAUGUUGAUUAUUAAUAAACUUACAUAUCAUGUAA